AUGGCCUACUACGGGAAGUGCGUGGACGCAGCGAUUGAGCAGCUGGGCCGGUUCCACCCCGAGAAGGAAAGCCCGGAGCAGUUCCUGGGGGCUGCGCGCACAGCCCUGCAGACCCUGAGCCCCCAGAAGCAGGCGUUCAUUCUGGAGGUGCUGUCCGGCUGUCUCGAGUACCGGAAGCUGCUGACCGUCGUGGUGGACGCCUUCUACGUGCGGGACGGCCGCCUCUGCCUGAGGGCCGACUACCACCUCUUCCAGGUGAUCUGCUACCUGGCCACUUUCCAGCUGGAGGAGCUCGGCUUCCAGCUCUUCUGCAACAUCAUCAAGUCCCAGCCCGCAGACAAGAUGCGCAAGUUCCUCGGGUUCUUCUUCAACCCCUUGAACCUGUGCUCGUGGAUCAAGGAUGAGUGGAGCCUCCUCUACGACCUGGCCCACGUGCAGAGCUGGACGGAGCCCCUGCUGAGGUGGCAGCCGGAGGUCCAGGCACUGAUCGACCAGCUGGAAGGGCAGUCGGCAAGCCGGCCCCCGCCUUCAAGGGCCAGGGUCACAGAGCCCAAGAAGUUCAACCUGACCGUCCCCAGACCCCGCGCCAUUCCGUUGCCCGAGCCUGUCCCUGUUGUGGCCAAGCCGGCGCCAGUCCCCCGGAGCACCCACCAGCCACCCAAGGAGCCGCAGGUGCUGGAGAUGACUAAGAGGUACAACCGCCGGAAGGCGGAGGAGCUGCUGUUGCUGGCGAACCUGGAGGAGAUGCGGUGCGCGGUGCCCAGGGCCCGCAGGGAGCCCCCCGCACAGGGCUCCAGGAAGCUGCGGCUGUGUUUCCCUCCCCGGAUUCGCGAGAGCCCGAAGCUGACCUUCUACGAGCCCAACGAGGUCCCAGUCAAGCUGAACACAGCCGCCAUCCUGCGGGAAGGGGCCUUAUACCAGCGGCAGGUGGAGAAGGAGCUGCAGAGGGUGGACAAGCUUGUGGACGGGGCUGGGGACUUCUCCGAGUUCCUGGAGUGGCAGAAGAAGAUGCAGGCGAAGGACCGGGAAGAGCGGCGGGCUGCGGACGCGUGCCGCAGGCUGCGGGGGAAGCUCAGCCACGAGGAGGCCACGCUGGCCCGGCAGCAGCUGCUGCAGAAGAACCGGCAGAGGGCCGCCCGGAAGAAGGAGGAGAUGGCUGAGCUCAUGCAGCAAUGUGCUGAGAGGCGCCUGCAGGAGCAGAGGUCCCUGAGGGAGCUGGUGGAGCAGGUGAUGGAGGGGCAGAAGAACGUCAAGGUGGCGCAGAUGAAGCUCCUGAAGGGCCGGCGGCAGACAGUCCAGGAGGUGACGGAGGAGAACCGGGCGCUGCUGCAGCGCAGUGCGGAGGAGGCCAGGGAGGAGCAGAGGCGGCGCAGUGAGCUCAUCUCCCAGCUCCGAGCCCUGGAGACACAGCCCACGCGCCAGGGCAGGCCCGUGGACCUGACCGAGAUCCCCGGGCACGGCCUGGAAGGGGAGAUGUCCAUCGUGGAGCUGCGUGAACGGCUGGCCCUGCUCAAGGAGGCCCAGUGGCGGCAGGAGGAGGAGAGGCGGGACCAGAUCAUCCAGGGCAAGCGCACCAAGAGCCAGGAGCUGCGGAACGCGCUGGAGCAGAUCUCGCUGUGCCGCGCGGCCAUGGGCCGGUCUGCAGCCCUGAGGUUGGAGGAGAAGAAAGCGGCGGCCCCGGAGGCGCCCUCGCAGGACGAGCGUGUGCAAGAGCUGCAGCGCAGGAUCGAGGAGGCGGCGGCCGAGCGCCGCAGGCAGGCGGCCCAGCUGCACGUGCCGGCGCCGCGGACCGGGUGCCCCAAGCCGCGGGCGCAGCUGGAGGCGCAGCACUGGCUGGAGCUGGAGCAGAGCCGAGCACGCAGGCUGCGGGCCGUGCAGCGGGGUGGCUCGGCCUGCGAGCCCCGGCGCCGCCUGCAGGCCACCUGA